UAUGAAGUCCGUGAUCUCAAGUCAUUUUCUCUUCAAAAAUUUACCCAUUAAGGAUGAACUGAAUCAGAAAAUAAUUUAAAGGGGUUCAUCGUGUCAUCGUUACUUUAAUAGUAGAUCUCAUAUCCUAAUUUCCUAACCGUAUCUCAUGCAAGUACAAGUUUGUUCACCGAAAACAAUUUCGAGGGUCGCCAUCAUCCCGACCUACUACUUCGCACGCAAGUUGUUCGACCAAAUUCCCCAACCACCUUUUCGCUCUCUCAGUACUUUUUAUGCUAAGCAGAAUCCACCUGAUGAUGCCUUCUCACUUCUCCGAUGGACGUUGGCCUCUGGGACAAGGCCUACAAGCUUCACCUUUGUUCCAGUUCUCUCAUCUGCAUUACUUGAUCUACGUCAUGGGAUCCAGCUGCAUUCAUUGAUCUUGAAGACUGGUUUACUCUAUGCUGAGCCCUUUUCAAGCACCGCAUUGCUUAAUUUUUUGGCGAGGAAUGGGCAUUUUGAUGAUGCACUCAAGUUAUUUGAUGAAAUUCCUUACAAAACUGUGGUCACAUGGAACUCACUCAUUUCCAGGUUUUCACAGCAUGGUUUUGCUAAAAAUGCAAUUUUUAUGUUCCGUGAUCUUCUCAGAAGUGAUAUUAGACCAUCAGAAUGUUCUUUUAUUGGUAUCCUGUCUGCUUUUAGUUCUUCAGAAAAUUUGGAAAAUUGUAGCCUAUGCUGCUUCAAACUGGAGUUUCAAAUGCAUGGCCUCAUGAUCAAGACGUCUAUGGAUUCUUAUAUUGUGGUUUUGAAUGCGUUGAUGAAUGUUUAUUCGAACUGGUCCAGUGUUUGUGUGGUGGAGAGGUUGUUUAACAAGUCAACUGUUAGAGAUGUUGUGACCUGGAACACGUUGAUCACAACUUUUGCGAAAGGUGGUGCGCCUGAGAAGGCGUUAGUUCACUUCUUGGUUAUGCUGCUUGAAGGGCCGCUGCCAAAUGAGAGCACAUUCACUAGUGCCGUUAAUGCUUGCACUGAUUUGGACACACCAAAGUAUGGGCAAUUCAUACAUGCCAAAGCCAUCAAGCACAACUUUAUCCAGCGGUGUCUAUCUUGGUAGCUCACUGGUUAGUUUUUAUGCGAGGUGUCAGAACCUAAAUAAUGCAUACAAGAUUUUCUCUGAGAUUCCUGACAAGAAUGUUGUUUGUUGGAAUGCUUUGAUCGGUGGUUGUUUUAAUGAAGAUGCUGGUGCUUCAGUAACCCUUCUGAAAGAGAUGCUUCUGUCGGGAAUUCUACCAAAUGAGUUCACUUUCUCUUUAGCUUGUGAUAAAACUUCAGCUGUCAGUUCCCAUUCUCUCCCUAGAAAUGCUAUAGCUGCUAUUUACAAUAGACAAGGUCAAUUUCAUGAGACCAAGCAACUGCUCUCUCAGAUACAAUACCGAGAUGCUUUGUCAUGGAACAUCUUGCUAACUGCUUGUGCACGCAAUGAAGAUUACUCUGAGGCUUUCCAAAUUUUCAAGCAAAUGCAAAGUGAAGGAUUUCUUAUGGACAACUACACUGCUGUGAGUCUACUGAGCAUUUGUUCAAAGAUCAACAGGCUUGAUCUCGGUAGUACUCUUCAUGCAUUUAUCAUCAAGGUAAACUCUGGGUAUGAUGAAGUGUUUGUCAAUAAUGUUUUGUUGGAUAUGUACACAAAAUGUGGUAGCCUAGAUUGUGCUUUAAGAGUAUUUGAGGAGAUGGAUGGGAGAAAUCUGAUAUCUUGGACAGCACUGAUUUCUGGUUUAGGACUUCAUGGCUACAUUCAUGAAGCACUGGAAAGGUUCAAGCAAAUGGGAUUGGAAGGAUUCAAGCCAGACUCUGUUACUUUCAUGGCGGUUCUCUCAGGUUGUAGACACAAUGGGCUAGUGGAAGAGGGAAUGUGGUUAUUCAACCAUAUGAAAAGUGUUUAUGAAAUUGAACCGGAUAUGGAUCAUUAUGUAGCUGUAUUGGACUUGUUGUCCAGGUAUGGGCAUAUAAAGGAAGCUGAGAGUAUAAUCAGUAGCAUGCCUUUUCAACCAAAUGCUGUCAUUUGGCGCAUCUUCUUGCAAGGUUGUAAGAGAUAUGGCAACUUGCAUUGUUAAAUGUUUUAGGAGAAGAAUUAAAGUGAACUUUUCCAAGUAAUGUAGAUGAUAACAUGGGUAUGUUUUUUCUUACUUCCCACCCGGGACAACUGGAAAAGUGGAAUUA